AGUUUGAGCACAGGCGUAGGAAGAAAACCACUGUUAAAACCAAAUAAAGAACCCUAGUUUACUUGCCAUCGUAGUCUCUGGCUCACCGUUGAAAUGGCGAAGAAGCGGAAAGCCGCAGCGCCUCCUCUUCCUCCCCCCAAAGAAGAAGUUGAAGAAUCGUCGUCUGACGAAGAAGAGGAAGAAGAAGUGGAGGAAGAAGGCGAAGAAGAGGAAACGGAAGAAGAGUCGGAAGAAGAAGAAGAAGAAGAAGAUUCAGACGAAGACGAUGAGAAUGACGAAGACGACGGCGAAGAAGAAGAAGGGGAAGAAGAAGAAGAAGCAGACGACGUGGAAUCCAAGAAAAAGAUUCUGAGGAAGCUUCUGGAACCCUUUGGCAAAGACCAGAUCAUUGAUUUCCUGAAAGAAGCGGCUCUGAAAGACCCAUCCCUUAUCGCCAGCAUAACCCAGUCGGCCGAGUCCGAUCCCGCCCACCGCAAGCUCUUCGUAUUCGGCCUUGGCUGGGAUGCCACAUCCGACCAAGUCCUCUCUGUGUUCAAACACUACGGCGAAAUCGAGGACUGCAAGGUCGUCACGGACAAGGCCACCGGCCGAGCCAAAGGUUACGCCUUUGUCCUCUUCAAGACUCGCCACGCUGCCCGAAAGGCCCUCAAGGUCCGCCAACACAAGAUCGGGAAUCGAGUCACCGCCUGUCAACUCGCUUCCGCUGGCCCCGCCCCCAACCACUCCGCCGCGGACCCCUUCGCCCGGAAAAUCUACGUGGCGAACGUCGGCCCAAAUGCCAGUCCCGAGAAGCUUCGGACUUUCUUUGCCAAGUUCGGUGAGAUUGAGGAAGGUCCAAUGGGGCAUGACCCGGCUACUGGGAAGCUAAAAGGGUUUGCCAUUUUCGUUUACAAGACCCCCGAGGGUUGUAGGAAGGCUCUGGAAGAACCUGUCAAGGUGUUUGAAGGUAGCCAAUUGCAGUGCCGGCGAUUCAUAGAAGGUGGCCAGGCCAAAAAAAAUCAGACAGCUUCAAUACAGCAAACUGAAGUUAGUACUGUAAAUUAUGGCGUGGGUGUAAAUCCGGCAAUUAUCAGUCACAAUGUGAACCCGGCAGCAGUUCUGAUGGGUCAAAAUCAGGGGAUUGCUUUGGGGAAUCCAUAUCUGGCCUCGGCAUUGGGUCAGGCGGGUUUGCAAGCUUCAGCCCCUUCCCCAGGUUUAGGCCCGUCGUUGGGUGCUGCCCCAUCUUUGGCUUAUAGUGGAAAUUAUGGUCUUAAUAGCAUAAGCCCGAGUAUGAUGGGUAUUUACAGCUCUCAGGAGGCUUUGCAGGGCCUGGGUGCUUACCUAAGCCCUCAAGUGGGACAUUCUUCUGCAGGGGCAACAGCAGUAGCUCCAACAAGGCCCCAAUCUGGUUAUGGAUCAGCUGGAACCACCUUCCCCUCCUCAUCCUUUGGCCGCUAGUUGGUAUUUCUGCAAACAGAUUUUGCGGCCAAAUUCCUGCACAGUGUUAGGAAGCAGGACACUCCAUGCUGCUGCAUUUAGAAUUGGAGCAGUAAAUCAUCCCAGAAGACAAACUUGUCUGUCAUUAGUUUUUUUUUUUUUUUUCAUUACAUUAGAUAUGUAACAAACUUGUCUUGGCCUGUGUCUUGUCUUCGCAGUUCUAUUUGUUUAUCAGAGUAGGAUAUCAGUUGUUGCUGCAUGUCUCAAGUUGUUUAGUUCGUUGGGGAUCAGCUCUGUUUCCACCCUUUGUUUCCAUUAGUCUUGUGAUAUCUGGAUGCUUAAAAAGACUAGCAAUAAAAUGCUGUGUCUUUAUCCUA